ACUCAAUAAAACUGGUAAGAAAGAGAAAUACAGAUGGAAGAGUGGAGGGCUGGGAGAGAGAAAGGGACAGAGGGAAAGAAAGCCAGCACGGGAGAUACCUAGGUGUAGAGUCUGCACAGGUUGGUAAGGACACAAACACAGCCACUUCUUCCAGGCCGGGGGCUCCAUCUCUUCCUUUUGGAGGUUGUGGGCUCUGAAGUCCACAUCUGAGUAUUCGUGGACCCCCAACUUGGAGCCUCUACUAUCAUCCGAUCAUAGCACCGCCUUGGGGAACGCCCACAGCUUCUGUUACCCGGACACUGGGGCGAAGGCAUUUCCUCCCUAGAGGUUGUAGCGGCUCCCAGUGCCAUGGAGACCAGCUUAGGAGCUAGGGGGAGCUCCUCCAGCUGGCCAGCUGAAAAGGGACAGGAGGCAGCCCGGGGGGGGGGGGUGUCUAGGAGUAACUGUGCAGGUGGCAGAGCUGGGACUCGGGGCUGAGAUUACCCACCUAUCCAACCUUCACAUGUUCACGUCUCCCCAACAGGACCCCACCCUGGAGUAGAUCUCAGGCCCUUUCAGGCUGGGGGAGUCAAAAGGUAGAGGAUCAACAUCCCCCCUCACCCUCUGCCCAGCCACCUAUCUCCUCCCUGCUGCUGCAGCCAUGUUUAUCACGGUGAUGUUUGGAGCUGGCCAUUGUGAGUUGGUCAAUCCCUGGUGCAGCCUGGUGACCCUCAAUGCCCACCUGAAGCAAAAGGGGCAAGUACCCCCCGAUGCAACCAUUGCCCUCUUGGCUGAGGACGGCCACCUAGUGAGUCUGGGUGAGGACGUGGAGGGGACUUCCUCAACCCCCUCCAUGGGCCAUCGUCCCCUGCUGCAUGAGCGAGGGACCUAUGUCCUCGUGCAGAUUAUCAGAGAAGGUGGAGCCCCCACCCGCUAUGUGUCCCUCCUGGAGAACCUAGAUGACUGCUAUCCUGAGCUAGCAGAGGAGUUGCGCUGGCUGUCAGGCCUCCCAGCCACAGGCAACAGCAGAAGGCGACGCACGGGCAAUCGGCGAGGCCAGCAGGAGCAAGGCACUUCUUCAAGGUCCCGAAGAGUGGGCUCACUGCCAUCCAAGACCCGCUAGCUGGGGCCAGGAAUCCACUGUGAAGAAGGUGCAAACAGAGAGCAAACCAGCAGGAGUCCUCUUGCGGAACCUGGAAUUACUGAGAAGUUGCAUCAGCAAGAGGGGCAAGGUCACAUACAUGUGAGGCUGGGGUGGUGGUGGUAAGAUGUGGGUGAGGAUAAUGGGAUCCAGAGGCAGAAACAGUCAGAGUGAAAGGACACCUUAGAGGUAGAGACAACAGGCUCCCCCUUGGACUGCAGUCUCCAGAGUCAAAUGGCCUUAGUGUCACCUUCUAAUGCCUUUAUCAUCUUACUUUGGACUCCCCAAGGUGGUCUGUCCAUGGCUAGCCACAGUGUACAUUACAACAGGGUUCCUCCCAGCAUGCCAUAAUGACACAUCAAUUUCCCUGACCAGCUAGGAUGCUCCUGACAGUCAGGCCAGCAAGAGGGUACACAUAGGGCUGUGUUCUAAAAUAAACACUUUAAUUAAUUACA